AUGGCGCCCACAGGUUUUCUGCCUCGCUCACAGACCUCCCUCACGGGCCUCGUCGCUGCAGGCAGCUGUGGGAAGAAAGAGACAAGCGAACCCGAAACCUGCCGGGGCCACCGCUACUCUGAUACCAUAUCUCCCCCUUAUCGCGAUAUGGCCGCGCCUCAGAGCGUCAGGGCAGGCAUGGCUUGCGUGCCAGCCAUGCUGCGGUACCCGAUUAGUCGCAGGGAUCCGAGGCGGGAAGCCACUUCUUGGUUGCGAGACGGUUUCUUCUCUCGUCGUUCAGAGAUCUCCGGUCCUCCAACCGUUGACAUCCAGUGA